UAUAGAUAUUACAGUAUAUAGAGUGAGUUAAGACUGGAGGUAGGAUGAGGACAGAACCAAUCUCUCACUACAAAUAUACAAUCCAAAUCCAGUAAAGCUGAUACAAAUAACCUAGAAGGAAGGUAGGAAGUGUUCAAUUAGUUUAUUGAAUUGUGGGUGGUGGUAAGAAAACAGUAUCAUAUCUUAUCGAUCGAUCAUCCCAUGGAGAUGGAGAUUGGGGUUUUGGGGAUGGUGGUGAUAAUAGCUUCUGUUGCUGCGGUGUGUUGUUACUACGCUUGGAAAGUGUUCAAUUUUGUGUGGCUUAGGCCGAAAAGACUGGAGAAACGGCUGAGGAAGAUGGGUUUCAAGGGAAACCCUUACAGGCUCUUCUUCGGAGACCUUAAGGACAUGGCGAAGCUUCUAGAAGAAGCCAGGUCAAAGCCAAUGAGUAGUUUCUCAAAUGAUAUUGUCCCCAGAGUUACUCCCACCAUUCUUCAAAACCUCAACAAAUACGGUAAGAGUGGCUUCCAAUGGUUUGGGCCACGACCCACAGUGAUUGUCUGGGAACCCGAACAUAUCCGCGAGAUUUUGUCGAAGAAUUACCUCUUCCAAAAGCCUCCCGGCAAUCCUGCGGUUGGUCGUAUUGCAAGAGGUGUGGCGUCGAUGGAAACAGACAAAUGGGCUAAGCAUAGAAAGCUUAUCAAUCCGGCCUUCCAUGUCGAGAAACUGAAGUUCAUGGCGACGUCGUUUUACUUGAGUUGCUGCGACAUGUUGAGCAAAUGGGAUGAGAUUAUCCCGAACGAAGUGGUGUCUGAAUUGGAUGUGUGGCCUUAUCUUCAAACUCUUACAAGCGACGUCAUUUCGCGCACGGCCUUUGGUAGUAGCUACGAGGAAGGAAGAAAAAUAUUUGAACUUCAAAGCGAACAAGCCCGCUUUAUUAUGAAAGCGAGUCGCUCGGUUUACAUUCCCGGUUGGAGGUUUAUACCGACACAACACAAUAGAAGAAUGAAGGAAAUCGUGAGGAUAAUCGAGUCAACUGUGAUGAGCAUCAUCGAGAAAAGGAUGAAAUCGAUAAAAGCCGGGGAGGGUAGUGGGGACGAUUUGCUCGGUUUGCUACUUGGAUCGAAUAUCAAAGAAAUUGAAGUAGGAGGAAGUAAGUUUGGAAUGAGCAUGGAAGAGGUUAUCGAAGAAUGCAAGCUUUUUUACUUUGCCGGGCAGGAGACAACCUCGACUCUACUUGUUUGGACUAUGAUUCUAUUGGGAAAGUACACCGAUUGGCAGUCUCGCGCUAGAGAUGAAGUUCUCCAACUCUUUGGUAAAAGAAAACCCGAAUAUCACGAGUUAAACCACCUCAAAACUAUAAACAUGAUAUUCCACGAGACAAUGAGAUUAUAUCCGCCGGGAAUAUUCCUCGUUCGGAUGACUAAGGAAGAGAGUAAAUUAGGGGGAAACUUAAGUCUACCGGCCGGGGUGCAACUUCUAUUGCCGAUCAUUUUAUUACAUCAUGACAAGGAAAUAUGGGGUGACGACGUCAAAGAAUUCAAUCCCUUGAGGUUUAGCGAGGGAGUUUCUCAUGCUACGAAAGGCCAAAUGACAUAUCUGCCCUUUGGAGGCGGGCCUCGGAUUUGUUUGGGACAAAACUUUGCUAUGGCAGAAGCUAAAAUGGCGAUGGCUAUGAUCCUACAGCGUUACAGUUUCAGUCUUUCUCCGUCGUAUUCGCAUGCUCCUUGUACAGUGAUUACACUUCAGCCUCAACACGGUGCGCACUUAAUGAUGGAAAAGAUUUAAGGAUUGAAUAUUUGAUCGUUUGUCUUUGUUACGACUUGAAUCUACUUUGUUUAUAUGCUGUCGACUUAACUUUUAUAUACAGAAUAAAUGGAAAAGACGAAACAUUAUUUUGGGAUGUAUUGUAUUACUAUGCUAAAGUAAUAUACAUGUGUUUUUACCU